GUCAAAGGUUAAAGUUCUCUUUAUAUCAUUUAAGCAAUGACAAUUUCUUACACUUCACAUAUUGUCAGGAUGCUUUUACCGAAGCUGCUCAUCUUUACAGUGCUGGCUGCAGCACUUCAUGCGAUUCCAAUUUCAACUCGUAUUCAUGAGGUUGAAGAUGAACCCAAUUUUAACCCUUUCAUCAAUCUUGGAGCAAAAACCCAGCUGAUUGAGGGAGAUAUUGCCAUACCUCCUGGUCGCAUUGGUCUUAUUGACACAACGUACAGAUGGAAGUUCCCUAUUCCAUACAUUCUGUCUGACAGCCUAGACCUUAAUGCAAAAGGUGCUAUUCAUCAGGCAUUUGAAAUGUACCGUCUAAAGUCAUGUGUUGAUUUCAAACCCUACGAGGGCGAGAAGACAUUCAUCAAAUUUGAAAAGAUAGACGGGUGCUGGUCUUAUGUUGGAGAUCUACAGAAUGGGCAGGUGCUUUCUCUGGGGCCUGGUUGUGACCACAAGGCUGUGAUUGAGCAUGAACUGCUGCACGCCCUGGGCUUUUACCAUAUGCAGUCUCGCCAGGACCGAGAUGACUAUGUGAAGAUCUGGCUAGAUCAGGUCACUGAAGGCAUGGAGCACAACUUCAACAAAUAUGAUGAUAGUUUUGUCACAGAUCUAAAUACUCCAUAUGACUAUGAAUCUGUCAUGCAUUAUCGCCCAUUUGCUUUCAACAAAGACCCUAAUAUUCCUACCAUCACCACCAACAUCCCAGAGUUCUUCAACAUCAUAGGGCAAUACCUGGACUUUAGUGAGAUGGAUGUUGUUAGACUGAAUCGAAUGUACAACUGCUCCUCUUCUCUUACCCUGCUGGACCAGUGUACUUUUGAAAACAUAAACAUUUGUGGGAUGAUACAGAGUUCAACUGACGAUGCUGACUGGGUCCAUCUUAAAAGCUCAGAGGAUCAUACGCUCAGUGGACAAUGCAGAGAUUUAGGAUAUACUAUGCACUUUGACACCUCUACUGGAAAUGCAGAGCAAUCUGCUCUCCUCGAGUCCCGCAUCCUGUACCCUAAGAGGAAGACACAAUGCCUCCAGUUUUUCUACAAAAUGACAGGGAGUGUAAAGGAUAGGCUAGUAAUUUGGUCUAAAACAGAUGAUGGAACAGGAACCGUGCGUACAUUGAAGAAACUCCACACAAUCUGGGCUGAUGAAGACAAAACAUGGAAGAUUGCUCAUGUGCCUUUGCAAAUAGGGGCAAAAUUCCGCUAUGCAUUUCAGGCAGUAAGAGGAGACCCCACUAGCUCUACAGGUGGAAUUUUUAUCGAUGACAUCAGCCUGACAGAAACGCUCUGCCCUGCUGCUGUCUGGCGCAUCCAGAACUUCUCAAGAAUCCUGGAAACUGCAGACUACAACACCGUGCUGAACAGCCCUCGUUUCUACAGCCCUGAGGGUUACGGUUUUGGCGUUCAAGUACGACCACUGUCUGGUUACUCUGAUUACACAGGCGAAUACACUGGUUUGUACUUCCAUCUGGCCAGUGGUGACAAUGACAUUGUGAUGCAGUGGCCUGCUGUGAACCGCCAGGCCACCAUAGUGGUGAUGGACCAGGAUCCAGACAUUAAGCUGAGGAUGUCCUCAGCUCGGAGCCUCACUACUGACAUGAGCACAGCCGACGGAGGCAAACUAAUAUGGGACAAUCCAAAAAAUGUUGGGACCUUUGACCCAAGUUGCCAGUGCUAUCGAGGAGAUUCAAUGGGAUGGAGGACUUUCAUAAAACACUACGACUUACGCAGACGGAAUUACCUGAAAAACGAUGACCUCAUUAUCUUUGUUGACUUUGAGGACUUGACAAGCCUGAUAAACAGUGAAGUUCCAGUUGCACCAAAGGUUUGAGGCCAAUUCGUCUGCUCAGUUAUGGUGUCAGAUUCUGAAAAGUCUGAAGAGAGAAAUCUUUGUGCAAUGUGGGGAAUGCCAUUUAAAUAUUAUUAAAUUGUAUACAAUUUUAAAGUAUGUCAUACUGUGCUACAACACUGUUUGGUGUACUCGGUCUGUUUUUAAACAUUCUCAAUAAAGUCUUUAAUUACA